CUCGAUUGAGGUGCCGGGGAAGCAAUGCUGCUGUGUGGGUUUGGGCAAGUCUUCCUACUUCUUAACCUGUGCAGCAUCUUGCACCGGGGGCAAGGCAGUGAGGAGGAUGCUGAAUAUGUAACAUGCGGUUCCGUGGUAAAGCUGCUUAACUCUCGGCACAACGUGCGAUUGCAUUCGCAUGAUGUGAAGUACGGCUCGGGUAGCGGUCAGCAGUCUGUCACUGGCGUGGAGGCCUCAGAUGAUGCUAACAGCUACUGGAGAAUAAGGGGCAAGACAGAUGCCGACUGCUCACGUGGGGAGCCCAUCAAGUGUGGUCAAGCUGUCCGUCUUACCCAUGUGAACACUGGAAAGAACUUGCACACGCAUCACUUCCCUUCCCCUCUUUCUAACAACCAGGAGGUAAGUGCUUUUGGGGAUAAUGGAGAAGGCGAUGAUCUGGAUGCAUGGAUGGUGCAGUGCAGUGACACACUCUGGGAACGCGAAGAGAGUGUUCGUUUCAAGCACAUUGGCACAAAUGUCUACUUAACAAUUACUGGGGAACAGUAUGGACACCCAAUUCGAGGCCAGAGAGAAGUCCAUGGUAUAACUAAUCCAAAUGCUCACAACUACUGGAAGGUAAUGGAGGGAGUGUUUCUCAAACAAAGCUCCCCACCAGGUGCGAACAAACAUGACGAAUUGUGAAGAACAUCAAAACCUGUAAAGCCCCUCUUACUACUGGGGCUCCAUGUGCUCCUGGGGGCUGAUGUACUUGAACACAGUAAACUCUACUAGGUAGUAAAAAUAAACACAGAUCUGCCUUUAUGAAUGAUACCAGCAGCGCUUCUAAACUAUGUGGCACUAUUCUAUGUCACUUUUCUGUACAGAUUUAUUUCUUAAAAGGGAUAUAGUUUGGUUAUUGUGUGUUUUUUUUAGAUCUAUAUUUUUAAACCAUUGUUUGUUGUUCUGUUUCUUUUGAACUUGAUCCAAACUGUAAUUUUUUCAGAAUAUAUCUGUUAGGUGGAAAAGGCAUAAUAAUAACAUUUUCAAUGCACUUAAUGGUUGUGACCAGUGCUCCCUUUGGGAAGAGACUCAAGAUGAAGAAUUAUUUUUACCGUGUUUCUGACGGAACAGUUCACAGCAACCUUCACAUACCUACCGUUGGAACAUUUAAUUGGAAGGUUUCUGCCUGUUACAUCUCAGUGGAUCUAGAUGGAAACUAUUAAUAUAAUUCACCAAUUUAACAUUUAAAAAUUCAAAGGACCCCUUUGGCAUACAGAAUACAAAGCUUCAGUUGUAUAAUGGUUGAAUUUGUCUUAAGAGAGGUCGAUGGGCCAAACCUAUGGCUCCCAGCAUACUCAAAUUUUUUUUUGAGAAUAUGAUAUUGUUGUUUUAUAAUAAUCAGGCCCACCAAAUUAGUAAAAUAGAAUAAUUGGCCCAUUGCAAGCAAAUCCUGGCUAGCUAUGGCUUGGCCUCUAACAUCACUAUAAACCCAUAACAUUACAGAUUAAUAAUAAUCAUUUAAUAAUGAUCAUUGUGUUGCGAAUUAAUGUUUUACAAAAAUAAAAUAAAGCAGAUUAAAACCUCUUUACAGACUCAGACUUGUAUAGAGUAAUAACCAUCACAUGGGCUUCUUGGCUGUUAACCCCUUUGACUCAAGUUCUUGUCCUGUGUAAAAUAUGUUCCAUGGUUGUUGAUCAACUUGUCCAUUGAUCUUGAUAACCCUAAACCAGCACGAGGAAAUUGAGCAUAUAAAUAUGACAAACUGGUUGCACACACAAUCCUGAAAAACAAUGUGGGAUAAGAAAAAUAAAAAAACUAUAUGAACUGUAAAGUGUUGUACAGAAUUCAAGCUGACCACCUGCCUGUGCUUUUACAGGCUUUGUGUGUGCUGCCAGUUCUACUAGAACAAACAAAUACUGUUAACAGCUGUUCUUGGAAUAUCAUGUUAUUAGUCCUGAGAAUACUUUUUGUUUGCUUUUUAUGCCGCACAGACUGAAGCUUUGCAGAGUUCAUGUUUUACACUGAACCCAGGUAGAUUUGUCAGAAUGAUUAAGCCAUGAUGUUACUUGUUGUACUCAAAUAGAAAAAAGAGAAAUAAAAAUUGCACUGGUCAGA